GUGGCUGGUGCUCGACACGGCCACGCAGCAGCCCCUGGCGGGGGGCUCUGAUGGGAACGAGCAGCUCUCGGUGGUGCGGUUCUCCCCGGCAACCCCAUUUCCCGUCUCCAACCCCACUUCCACAUCUCAAAUCCCAUUUGCCAUCCCGUUUCCUGUCUCCAACCCCAUUCCCAUGUCCCAAAUCCCAUUUGCCAUCCCACUUCCCAUCCCCAACCCCACUUCCUACGGCUCCUUCCUGGCCAUCGGCUCCCACGACAACUUCAUCUACAUCUACAGCGUGGCCGAGGACGGCCGCAAGUUCACCCGCUUCGGGCGCUGCGUG